UUAGGUUGUAAUUGGAAUUAAGAAAUGAAUUAACAAUCCUAUCUAUCUUCUCUUCUCUCUCUAAACUUCUUCUUCCUCAAGUUUCCUUUCCUCCAUUUUCCCCUGUUCUGGUGUUUUCUUCUCGCACCAAAACUCCCUUUAUCAGUUCAGUUUAGUAAAUGUGAACAAAUCCGUAAAUUAAAAAUGUGACUGUUUAGAAUGACAAACACUUGUGAAAACUUACCAAGUUUAGGCGCGAAGUCCAGUCGACUAUCCCAGCACCUAUGACCCCAACUUCCCUCCUCCGUCGUCCUUCUUCCGUCACCUCCAUUUUCUUCCUUCGUCUCUUCUCUUCAUCUUCUUCCUCUUCUCUCUCUCUUCUCGAAGAAGACGACUCUGCAACUCUUCCUAACUUCAUUCCUGAACAACCCAGAUUUCAAAAACAUAAUCAAUGGCGGCAAACCCUAGAAUCCCACCUCCAAAGAAGAGAACACUUGUUUUCUGUUCUACAAUCUUGUUCUACUCAUACCCAUUUCCUUCAACUCCAUACCCAAUUCAUCUGCACUGAUCUUAUUCAACAUCCUCGUCUUUCUCUCAAGUUCCUUGCUCGAGCUGUCAGAAUUUGCCCUCAGAAUGUUAGGUACCUUUUUCGAAUUUUCAACCAGAUUUUGAUGCCUACUUCUUUGCAUUGUAAUACCAUGAUUAGGGCUUUUUCUUGUAGUGAAAUCCCUUCUGAUGGGGUUAGGUUUUAUCGGAUGAUGAAGCGGGAAGGUAUCAAAUCGAAUCAGCUUACCCUUUCGUUUUGUAUUGAUUGUUGUACUAAGAAUUCUGCUUUGAUUGAGGGAAUGCAGAUUCAUAAGAGUGUUUUGGUUGAUGGGUAUGAGAGUGAUUGUGUUUUGAUGACUUCUUUGAUGGAGUUGUAUUCGGGUUGUGGGCGGUGUGAUAAUGCGUGUAAGGUGUUUGAUGAUAUGCUUCAAAGAGAUGCGGUUGCUUAUAACGCGUUGAUUUCUUGUUUUGUAAAUAAUAAGAGGACUAGAGAUGCUUUGUCUGUGUAUAAAUCUAUGCUGACCCUGGAAAGAGAUUGUAGACCUGAUGAAGUUUCUUGCUUGCUAUUGAUUCAAGCUUGUGGUGAAUUAGGCGCGGUAGAUUUUGGUAGGAGUGUUGUGAAUUACAUGGAGAAAAAUGGUUAUGGUAUGUCAAUGAGGCUAAGUAAUGCUCUUAUUACCAUGUAUUCGAAAUGUGGGUGUGUGGACGAUGCAUAUUGUAUCUUUGAAAGAAUGCCUACAAAGAACUUGGUCUCGUUUAGUUCGAUGAUAUCAGGCUUUGGGAUCAAUGGGUAUGGGAAACAUGCCAUUGAACUGUUUAGGGAGAUGCAUAGGAUGGGCAUUGCCCCUGAUGCUAAGGCUAUUACCGCGGUAUUAUAUGCCUGCAGUCAUAGAGGGUUGCUGGAUGAGGGGUUGCUGAUUUUUGAGAAGAUGACUCAGGAGUUUGGGAUACAUCCGAAUAUCCAUCAUUAUGGGUGUGUUGUUGAUAUUUUAGGCCGUGCUGGUUCACUUGACCAAGCAUAUGAUCUUAUCGUAUCCAUGGAAGAUAAACCGGACAUAAAAGUUUGGAGGACCUUGCUCAUGGCUUGUAGAAUACACAAGAAUUUUGGCCUGGCAGAAAGAGUGAUUGAGCAUAUAACGGAACUUAAGGCCCAAGAGGCAGGGGAUUAUAUUCUGUUGUUGAAUACUUAUUCUUCAAAUGGCAAAUGGGAUAAAGUAAGAAAACUAAGGAAAUUUAUGGAAGAACAAGGAAUCCUUACAGUGGGGUGUAGUACUAUUGAAGUGAAGGGAAUGGUGCAUGAAUUUGUUGUAGGCAAUGUUUCGCAUCCACAAAACGAUGAUAUUUAUGAAAUGUUCAAUGAAAUCUUGCAACAAUUGAAGAUUGCUGGAUAUGUGCCAGAAGCAUCAUCAGAAUUACACGACUUAGAUUUGAUUGAGAAGCAAACUGCAGUCUCUUUUCAUAGUGAAAAACUAGCUAUUGCUUUUGGCGUCCUCUCUACUCCCCCUAGCACAACAAUUAGAGUUGCCAACAGUGCUCAGAUUUGUGAUGAUUGCCACAACUUUGCUAAGGUUUUUUCUGCUGUUUAUAAUCGAAAAGUGAUAAUCAGUGAUCCAAACAGGAUUCAUCAUUUUAGAGAAGGAAAAUGCUCCUGUGAUGACUUCUGGUAGGUGCUAGGCAAGUUAAAUGAUCUACUUCCAUAUUGAGGAUAAUACUUGAAACAUACUAGUAAAUUAACACUUCAAAUUAUAGCUAACUUGCUGACAGAAACAACUUUUCUUGGGUUGAUGUAUAAUUGGUAGCUGUGUGCUGUCAUGGAGUAUUUUUCAAUCCUAUGAUAUUCUUAUGAUUCUUAUGAAUUUGAGAAGCACAUAUUCCAGAAGAGAAACUAUAUGAAUUGCAGCUGUUCGUGCACUUUCUUGACUUUUAUAGUUUUAUCUAUAUGUUUCUAUUUAUGGGAACUAGUCUGUUAAUUGCAGGAACAACUAAUAUAUACAGAAAUAUUUCUCAAAUAA